AUGGACCAUGCUUCAAACACGUUGUCGGAGGAUGUCACUCCACCGUCAGAAAAUCAAGCGGCAUGGAUGCACAAAGAGAAUACCAAGCCACUCAUAGUAGCCAACGCGAAGAUKCCUGUCCCAGGUGUCAACGAUAUUGUGAUCAAGAACGCCGCCGUAGCAAUCAACCCUGCCGAUUGGAAGAUUCAAGACUACCCCUCAUGGCUACGAGCAUGGCCAUUUGUGCUUGGCGAAGACGUCGCCGGCGUCGUCCACGAAGUCGGCAAGAAUGUUGAGAAAUUCAAGAAAGGCGAUCGUGUCAUAGCCCAUCUCGAUCAGCUGCUUACACAGGAUUCGCAGGAUGGCGGCUUUCAACUUUACUCUAAGACCCCAACUGAUCGUGCAGCAAAGAUCCCGGAUGAGCUCUCCUUCACCGAUGCCUCAGUCAUCCCCUUGGCCCUCAACACAGCCGGGCAUGGUUUGUAUGGCACUGAUGAGGGCUUCCUUGCACUUCCUUGGCCAAGUUUGAAUGUAUCUCCAAUCGGCAAGACGAUUCUCGUAUGGGGAGGUUCUUCUUCCGUCGGUGCCAUAACAAUUCAGCUCGCAGUUGGAUCUGGCGUCAAAGUCGUGACAGUGGCCAGUAAAAGCAACCACAAUCUCGUCAAAUCGCUCGGAGCUUGCGAAGCGGUCGAUUACAAAGGUCCUAGCGUGGUUCAAAAUGUUCUGGAGGCUAUAAACCUUGCUGGUGGGACCUUCGCGGGCAUAUACGACGCCAUAUCAGACGAAAACUCGUUCCAGCAUGUGCUUGCUAUCGCCGAGAAGCUUCAUGUCAAAAACAUCGCGAUUGUCAACCCGCCACCCCAGGUGAAUGUGCCCGAACAUGUCAAAUUUGGAAAUGUAAUCGCCGUGAAUGAUGUCACUGGGCCACUGUGGGAAAGCUAUGUUGGUCCUGCGCUCGAACGAGGGAAGCUGAAGGCAGCGCCGGAAGCUCUUGUUAUUGGAAAAGGACUUGAUUGCGUUCAGAUGGGUAUGGAUAGGAGUAAGGCUGGUGUCAGUGCUAAGAAGAUUGUGGUUGAGCUGUGA